GCGCUCGGGGAAGUUCUCUGGCAACCUGAGGGGCACCUCUGAUGCCUGCUCUCCCUCUCUUUGCAGGGUGCAGCACCUGGCCGCGAUGAACGCCAGCACCGCCUCGCUCAAUGAGUCCCAGGUGGUGGCGGUGGCGGCCGAGGGAGCCGCCGCUGCUGCUGCUGCGGCCACCGCCGCUGGGGCCCCGGACGCCGGGGAAUGGGGUCCGCCCGCGGCAGCCGCGGCGCUGGGAGGAGGUGCUGGAGCUAACGCGUCGCUGGAGCUGUCUUCGCAGCUGCAGUCAGGACCGUCGGGACUGCUGCUGUCCGCAGUGAAUCCCUGGGACGUGCUGCUGUGCGUUUCGGGAACAGUGAUCGCAGGCGAGAACGCGCUGGUAGUGGCACUCAUCGCGUCCACCCCGGCCCUGCGCACUCCUAUGUUCGUGCUGGUGGGCAGCCUGGCCACUGCCGACCUGCUGGCCGGCUGCGGCCUCAUCCUGCACUUCGUGUUCCAGUACUUGGUGCCCUCGGAGACUGUGAGCCUGCUUACCGUGGGCUUCCUCGUUGCCUCCUUCGCCGCCUCGGUGAGCAGCCUGCUAGCCAUUACGGUGGACCGAUAUCUAUCACUAUACAACGCGCUCACCUAUUACUCGCGCCGGACCCUGUUGGGCGUGCACCUUCUGCUUGCAGCCACCUGGACGGUGUCCCUAGGCCUUGGGCUCUUGCCGGUUCUCGGCUGGAACUGCCUGGGCGAGCGGGCUACCUGCAGUGUGGUGCGUCCGCUGACGCGCAGCCACGUGGCGCUACUCUCAGCAGCCUUCUUUGCGGUCUUCGGGAUCAUGCUGCACCUGUACGUGCGCAUCUGCCAGGUGGUGUGGCGCCACGCUCACCAGAUCGCGCUGCAGCAGCACUGCCUUGCGCCACCCCACCUCGCGGCCACCAGAAAGGGCGUGGGUACACUGGCCGUGGUGCUGGGCACUUUCGGGGUCAGCUGGCUCCCCUUCGCCAUCUAUUGCGUGGUGGGCAGCCAAGAGGAUCCAGCCAUCUACACCUAUGCCACUCUGUUGCCCGCCACCUACAACUCCAUGAUCAAUCCCAUCAUCUAUGCCUUCCGCAACCAGGAGAUCCAGCGUGCCCUGUGGCUCCUGUUCUGUGGCUGUUUCCAGUCCAAUGUGCCCUUCCGCUCCAGGUCCCCCAGCGAGGUCUGAAGGGCUAAUCCGCGUCUCCUCUUGCCAGCACCAGACACACUCAACCAAACAGCCUUUGGGGAGUCUCUCCUUGCCAGCUGAUGAACUCUGAGAUCCCGGCAGUGUGAACCUGAAUUUGGUAGGAAAAGAGGAAAUUAACUCCAGUGCAACAAACUCACAGGGACAAAGAGGCUUGUUGGCACUUUACAUAUACAGUGUAUACAUGUGUACAUAUAUAUACAAAUAUUUGUAUCCUCUGGAGGUGUUGGCAAUAUAGCGCUUCCUGGUCUGUGUGCAAAAUUAACACGAAGAUGUGAUUGUGUACUCAAACUGUACAUCACAUUUGUCAAGUGAAGACAUUCCAAUACUGCUUAAUUAUAGCACUUUAUUUUAGCUGCUGAACUGCCGAAACAGUGUUGCCAUUUUCAGGGCGGGAAAAGCGAGCAAAUGGCAUAUUUUUUUGAAGUAUGUGAUAGAAUAUUUUGCUGCCAUUGGGUCAACAAAUGACAACAUAUUUUGUACACAAAUAAACAUAUUAUAAAAA